CUAAAACAAAAAAAAAUGUUGAUGGAUGUGAAUGAGAAAUUGUUAUGGGAGAAAGGAAUGGAAAUAGUAAAUAUGGGUGAAAGUGGGCAUGAACAAGUAGUGCCAAUAUCAGUAUUUGUAGCUGUUCUUUGUCUUUGUGUUGUUAUUGGUCAUUUACUUGAAGAAAAUCGUUGGGUUAAUGAAUCACUCACUGCUAUUCUCAUUGGAUGCUUGACUGGAAUGAUUAUAUUGUUGAUAAGCAAAGGCACAAAUUCACAUAUUUUACGCUUUGAUGAAGACCUUUUCUUCAUCUAUCUCCUUCCACCUAUCAUCUUCAAUGCAGGGUUUCAGGUCAAGAAGAAACAGUUUUUUCAGAACUUCUUGACCAUCAUGCUUUUUGGAGUUAUUGGUGUUUUUAUCUCAACAUCUAUAAUUUCAGUUGGUUGCUGGUGGUUGUUUCCUAAAGUUGGAUUCAUAGGACUAACUGCACGAGAUUACCUUGCUAUCGGAACGAUUUUCUCAUCGACUGACACUGUGUGUACACUUCAGAUUCUUGAUCAAGACGAGACUCCUUUCCUUUACAGUCUUGUGUUUGGAGAAGGGGUAGUAAAUGAUGCAACCUCAGUUGUUCUCUUCAAUGCAAUUCAGAAGCUCGAUGUAACGAAGGUCGGAGGCUGGACACAUGUACUCGGAAAUUUUCUCUAUCUUUUUUUCGCGAGCACUGCAUUAGGAAUCUCUACAGGGCUUUUGACAGCUUAUGCUCUUAAGUCUUUGUAUUUCGGUAGACAUUCGACGGAUCGUGAAAUUGCAUUAAUGACGUUGAUGGCUUAUUUAUCCUACACGUUGGCGGAGCUAUCAAAACUCAGUGGAAUCUUAACCGUUUUCUUCUGUGGUAUAGUCAUGUCUCAUUAUGCAUGGUAUAAUAUAACUGAAAACUCGAGAACUACAACUAGGCACAUAUUUGCAAGCAUGUCGUUCAUUGCGGAAACCUUUAUUUUCUUGUAUGUUGGUACUGAUGUUUUUGAUAUGGAGAAAUGGAAAAUGACCAAGUUGGGAUUUAGGACCUUAGUGGUCAUAUACACAAUAGUAGUCGUUCUCAUAUUACUUGGUCGUGCUGCUUUCGUGUUUCCUUUAUCCGCUAUAUCAAAUCGUAUGAACACUGAUAGCUCACACAGACAAACAUCCAUUACGUUCAAAAAACAAGUUAUUAUAUGGUGGGCCGGACUUAUGAGAGGAGCAGUCUCAAUUGCAUUGGCAUUCAAACAGUUUACGUACUCUGGUGUGACAAUGGAUACUGUCAAUGCUACGAUGGUUACCACUACUGUGAUCGUUGUACUCUUCACCACACUGGUUUUCGGCUUCCUGACGAAGCCACUUAUUCUUUGCUUAGUACCACAUCAGCAAACUCCGAUUCCAGAGGCCAAGACCCCACAGGAAGACCUCACUCUGCCGAUGCUUUCAAAGGACGAAUCAACAGCUACGAAUCUCAGUCGAGCUAAAGAUAGUUUAACCAUGCUUAUAGAAAGACCCGUUCACACAAUACAUUCGUAUUGGAGAAAGUUUGAUGAUGCUUAUAUGAGACCCUUUUUUGGCGGACCUAACCAACGAAGGUAAAGCAAUACUGCCUUGCAACUCAGAUCAGUCGAAAGGUGUUGGUUGUUGUUGAACAGUCAUAGUCGGAAGUAGGCUGAGUCGUGAUUGCCUUCAGGCUUUAGUGGACCGGCCUAGCAUUAACAAUAUAGCACCUUGUGGCUGGAAUAUGGAGAAGUUCGGCCAUGUUCAUCGGUAUCGAAAAACCGAUGUUGAGCCAUUGAUUUUACUCUCAAUCUAUUGGGAUUUGCUGAACUUUUUGAAAUUUUAGAUUUACCAAUGUGCUAUUGCGG